AUGCUUCACCGUGCGAUAGAGAUGGCAGAAGAUCUCAAGAUUGUCAAGUCUGACCAUCGAGAAUUGAACAGAUCUCAAUUUUCUGAAGAGAUGGUCGCAUCAAUCAAACGCACGGCUUGGGGUCUUUUCCAGAUUGACACUAUUGUCCAUACAAACUUCCUUAAACCGAGCCGCGUUCAUGAGGUGAGUGUAGAACGGCUUUCACGGGACGAAGAUAACCCUAUUGGGACAUGGAUGCCAUAUCCGAUCUCAGACCGCACCCAGCCGUCUUACAUGGGCCAGUACUUUGACGAAUCGUGCAAUCUGUCUUAUAUUGCGCGAGAUAUAUCGCGGAGCGGGCAAGUAGCAAAGCAGAAAGACAUUGACCCUAACAAGGUCAAGCAGGAUGUAUACAAUCGACUUCGCCAAUGGGAAACAAAUCUUCCCGAGAUAUUCAUACCCAAAAAGCGACCAGCACCGCAUAUUCUACUACUGAGGUUUGUGUGA